AUGGGCAGAGUGAUGGUGGUCAGGUCUGGUCUGGGGCUGCUGCUACUGGCACUGCUCCUACCCAUGCAGAUUUAUUCAACUCAAACAACAGUUGUAACACUUUCAAGUAACUCCUCCCAGAAUACCUUGACUGCUCCAAAUCCAGGUAAUGCCACCACCAAGGUCACUGGUAGUACCCUGCAGUCAACAGCCAGUCUCUGUGUGAUCUCAUUUUCUCUCCUACAUCUAUACUCUUAG